CUCAUCUCUAAGUGACUAGUUCUUGAACUAUUGCUUCGGACUGAACGCCGAGCAUAUUUUCGUUUCCAAAACAAAUUGGUCAUUUCAAAAGGUCGAAAUGAAGCGGAAGACGAGCGAGAUCUGGUGCUUUUUCCGGGCGGUGGACGACACGUUUGCAUUGUGCAAUAUCUGCAAGGCGAAGCUGUCAUACAAGACGACCACCACGAAUCUGAGCAAGCACAUGAAUAGGAUGCACCCCACAUCGGGACUCAACCGGAGCGCCAAGUACAAAUUCCAGCCGCAGACCAGUCUCGCCAUCGACCGUAACAAAGCCAAGCCGCGUAACUCAACGCAAGAGCUCAUAUUGCUGGACUUCGUGAAGAAACAUCCGCGCCUGCUUCAGAAUCCGACGUGGGAAACACGGGGCAAUCUAGAGUCCCUCUGGGAGGAGCUGACAUCCGAACUCAAUAGCCACGGUCCUCCGCGAAAAGAUAUAGCCACCUGGAAAAGGGCCUUAAAGGACUGGAAGAGGUUUAUCCUGAGAAAGGUGGAAAAGAACGAAAUGCACAACAUGCCAUUUGGCACCAGUCUUAGUUCGUCGGAGGAAACAAUAGCAACCCUGUGCCGGUUAAACGAGGAUGUUAGUCAAAUUAUUAUGAAGGUCUCCGACGAUGAAAUGCAUGAAAAUUCUACCACCGAAUUUGACGUGGACGAAGUAGAGGACGUGGUCCCGGAAGAAGACAGUGGCGCUCUUCAGACCUCCGCCGAGUACGUUUACGAACCAGAGGAGAACAAAACUGACAUAGACCCGCUUUACCUGCAAUCUAACAAACGGGCCGCAUUGACCAGCAGUCGACUCGCGGAGGAGGAGCCGACGCUGCUUGACAAGAUUAGCAAUAACCUAGGAAUGGUGCACGAUGCCGCUAACAGUGCUCAACUUGCACUUAAUGAAUUCUUCGUUCUGUACAAGCAGAAGCUGUACGAGGAUAAGCGACAUCACUUGGCAAUCGAACAAUUAAUGGCUGAGAAAAUAGAAGUAAAAAAGAAACUAUUGGAAAUCGAGCAAAAAAAGUUGUCACUUAAAUGACGGGAUAAACACAAAAUAAAGUAAUAUCAAAAUAGUCUUAAUAA